AUGAGCGCAGGGAUCCUGGGAAAGACACACGCGGGGGUUCCGUCGUACCGAAGCGGGUAUGUGUCCCCCUCCGGCACCAAAAUACAGUACAGCAACGACUGGGUGAAGCACCAUCCGCUUGAGGGCGAUGGGCUGCGACCGCUUCUUUACCUGCACCUGUGGAAAAAGAAUAAGGGCAGUGAGAGCCGGCUGAAAGACAUACGCCUUCCCGAUACCGUUGUGUACGAGCACAACUUCCCCCGCGCCUGGUACACCUACGACGGGGAGGCGAAGGAAAUCAACAAGCACCCGGGCAAGAUGCUGGAUGCCCAGUCCAUCUACGAGCACUUCAGCCGUUCGACGCCGGACUGCGAUGUGGUCGCGCAGUUCCUCACCACCUGUGCCCAGGACAACCCCGCCAUCUCGUCGGAGGGCGGGCUGCUCACGUACGUGAAGUUUUUUACCGCAGAAUCCCUCCGAGAAUUUCUUUUUUGCCCCGAACGCAAGCCAGACGGAAUUCUUCAGAAGUUUGUGGUGCCCAAAGGGGAGACGACAAUGCGGAAAAACUCGCAGCUCCAAGUUAUGUGGUCACCACUUGUGACGGUGGUGUACAAGCGGACGAAUAAGCAGCGGCUGGGUGACUUGCAUCUUCCUGUCCACCUGCGCUCGGCCACGUUUGAUGGGGAUUGCCACCUGAGUGAGUUGUCUCUUAUUGCGGACGAGUCCAAGGCGAGGCUGGAGUCUCUUUGCCGCGAGGUGGUUGACCACUUUUACUUCACGGAUCUUAAACUAAUUACCCGCAUGGUGCUGAACUUUAAAAUAGAUGAUGCCAAUCGACCGUGGCUGCUCUGGUGCAGCUCUCUUCGUGUUUCGGGUGAUAGACUGAACCCUCGGAACGUGCGGGUUCCAGUGGCACUUUCUAUGCCAAUUGAGGUGUUAAACGAGGGCUCAUCCACGCGGGACCGCAUUAUUAAGAGUAGAGAUCGACAGCAACAACUGUUGUUGUUGGACAAGCAACUCUUUGAACUCUCACGAGACUAUGAUUUUGGCCAUCAUUGCAACGAUUCACAUGUACGUGAGGCAAAGCGUCUGGGCCUUCAGCCUCUGAGUGAGAAGUCGAGUCCGAAUGGUCAAGGAAAAAGUCUCUCGCGACGGAAUCCACCGCAUCCCUUGCACGAUGCAAUGCGAUACCUUCGAGUAUUAUCGACGGAGCCUCAGGGUGCGGAUUUAUCCAAUCGCAGUCCGUCUUCAGCAGCGCAACAACAGGAUCAGCAGCGGCGCUCCCGUAAUGGCUCUGUGCAUCAGAGCCAGGCAACAAUUGAUGAUGCUGAGGAUCGAGUUAGAAGUGAACUUACUGCCAUGGCCCUUGAUGCGUGGUACACUGUAUAUUCCUCAGCGCUGUCGAAAAAUCCAACCUACAUGCCGACGAAGGACGUGUUUUUGGCGGAGCCACUCGUGGUGUCGCUGCAGCCGCCUGAGCUUGAAAGACUUGUAGUUAUUCUCGGCCUUGAACGGAACCCAGUUUCUGAAGAUCCACGCAGUUUCAUGGUAAAUUCGGGUCUUAUUGGAACUGGGCGACGCUUAGAUCGUCCUUUUAUCAACGCGGAGCGUGAUGUAAGAGAAUUUUUUGAUGAACUUUUUGCUUCCAGGGGCGGAGAGAUUACACAGCAGUGCCUGGCAAAUGAUCGUUGGAUUUGGUGA